AACAAUGCAAGUUUUGAAUGCGUGGAUGGGUUUCUGUACUGUACAAUGAGCGCUAGUCAGUCAUAAUUGAAGCAUUGUUUUGGUGUUUAUAAAAUAUUUUGCGAGUGUGAUACUAAUAGUGCGUGACAGUUCGUCAAACAAAUGAUUACAAAUCUGGUUUGGCUUUGUGGAUAGUAUACUGCAGUUAUCAUUGGAUUCUUUUCAUAAAUUGGAUUACUCUAGAAGGAACGUGAAUUCGUAAUUGGAUAUUUACGCCAGUUUUAAUUGUGUUGGUAAAGUUGGCUGUGAAGCCGAAUAUAGGAAGCGAUGACUGGCCGAAAGUCUGGCGAGCCUCCCGUUGCUUGGACACUGCUGGUGAUGCGGGUGAUAUACUUUUCUCAUUUGAUGCUAUCAUCUUCGCUUUUAGUUCACGGAGAGCCAUACAUGUCUACAGUUAGCCGAGGUUUCACAAGCACAGAGAUUGUUCAACCUUUCUUUGAAUGUUACAGGAGUGCCCCUGAUUUACAAGCAUCCGUUUCUAUCGGGCGAUAUGUCUAUACAUACAAUAAUAUUCAAAACCCAGCUAAUGCUAAUCCACCACAAAGUAUGCCCUUCAUGGCUGGUAAUCCUUCAAUUCAAGUAUACAGAGUAAACCUAAAUACAAGUCAACACAGGUCAUACGGUGUCUUUUACUGCGCUUCAUCACUUAAUGGAGAGUACUCAGCAGUACCAACUAUCUUUGUUAGAUCUGAUGCUAAGUUUGUGCCCACUUCUGGAAGGUUCUCAAAGACAGUUAACAAGGGAGAUGUGAAUGUGACUGUUGAUUUUACUGAGGUUACUCCGAGUAACACUAUCAAGAACUGGCGGUUCAAUGGGACAGCAUCCUCCCUCGAUACCUUUUCUCAGGAUACAAUUUUUGAAGAUUUAUCUGUGUAUACAAUAGAUGGAGAGGUAAACACCUCUUAUGAGGGUGUGUAUGAGCUUCAUUUGAUGGGUGAGAGAGGGCUGGCAAGAGCUGGAUUGUUUCGAUUGAUUGUCAGAGCAUGCCCGGCUGGUCGUUAUGAUGAAUCUAGAGGAUGUACACAGCAAUGUCCAUCAUGUUAUAAUGGAGGAAUAUGUCAUGAUCAGACAGGGGAGUGUAUCUGCCCUCCAGGCUUUCAGGGAAAUUACUGUGAAAUGGCUUGUGGUGGGAAUCGCUUUGGUCGUAACUGCGAGUACCGAUGUGACUAUGAUCUUUCAGAUGAUAAGACGGCUUGUAUUGGGCUCCAGGUCUGUGUGCCAGACCCCUAUGGAUGCUCUUGUACACCAGGAUAUAAAGGAUUGGACUGUACUACAGAAUGUGACAUCGGAGAGUUUGGAGCUAGCUGUAGCGAGACAUGCCAUUGUGUAUCUGGUGAAUGCGAUCGGUUUACUGGUGUCUGUUCAGGAAGCUCUUCUGAUUGCCAACAAGGAUGGACGGGGACCAAUUGUCAAGAAUGUAUGAUUGGUAGAUAUGGGCCUAAUUGUGAACCUCUCACUCUUGAACAUGAGAAAACCAACAAGGGACAAUACUCCAAUUUCUUCUGUUGCCCAGAAGGUCAGAAUUACCUCUCUACAGCAACUCCUUUGGUCUAUCUCUACCGGAAAUAUGGCAGUGGGAAUUAUACAGAAGAAAAAAUUACGUCAUUAGAAGUUGCCCCAAGUGGAAAGUUUGCAUUUCUUGUUCUUGAUGUGAAAGUUGGAGAAUUAUUUUACUGCUCCCUCUCUGAUGUAAACAACUUCUGGAGUGAGACCGUCACUGCUGAUGGAGAAUUUACCCAGCCUGAGCUCCCAAGCCCCCCUGUUGUAAGUAGCACAACCAAUGAAUCCAUCACACUGAUGUGGGAUGCUUGGGAUGCCUCUACGGAUGUAGGAGAUCCUCCUCUUGAAAGAUACCGUAUCUAUUACAGGCUGGACAACUCACAGGAAGAGGAACAAGAAGUAGCCCCAAGGUCUGAUCGUCUAGCUCCAUCUGAGACCGUGACUGGUCUAAGUCCCGAUACAGACUAUGUGUUCGCUGUAGUAGCGGUUAGACCAGGUGUAGGGGGUGGGGGACCUCGUUUGGAGGUCCUAGGCACAACGCAGUGCUCGCCUCCUGUUGAGGGACCAACAUCUAUUAACGUCACUAAUGGAACAUCUCCUGGAGAAUAUUUGGUUUCUUGGGAGAAUCCACCUUCCAAUGUUUCAUCCUGUCGGAGUGGUCUCGGUGGAAUCAGGAUCUACUUUACUCGAUCCGAUAUCCCGUCUGGUUUGUCAAAGAGGGCAGCAGAAAAUCCCAUUGAUAUUCCAUUUAAUUCUUCGGUGUCUGACUACACGUUGACCCUUGAACCUUACUCACAGUACGUCAUUCAGGUGGUAGUCUAUAAUAAAGACUCUGAGACGCCAAGAGGAGAGGGAUUUUCAGUGGUAACAAUGGAACAGCUUGCCCCAGCACCCAUCGUAAACAUUGAAUCAACCGCAGAAUCUGUAACCAUCCGCUGGGAUGCUGCAAGUCCGGCCCACCUCAAUGGUAACGUACAGGGCUACCAGAUCAGAUACAUGCAAACUGAACCAGAACCUCUCCCACCAGAAACAGUUCCCAUACAAACCAGUCAACUGACAGAUAAUGAGUAUGUCAUUACUGAGGGAGUGACAAAAGACACUCAAUUUGACAUUCAGGUUCAAGUUUUGAAUGGAGCUGGAUAUGGUGAAUGGUCAUCUGUCUUAACCUCGCCUAUUCCAGUUACGAGCCCUGAGACCAAUGUUGCCUUAAUCGCUGGCGUGGUGAUAGGUGUGAUUGUUGUUAUUCUUCUUAUCUUACUUCUAAUCAUGCUUUUACGAGCAAGCAAAAGAAAGAGAGGAGAAAAGAUUGGUGUGAUCAGUUCUAGUGAGCUUGUUGAUAAUGUUCUCUAUGAGGCCAGUCCAUCACCCCCUAAUGAGAAUGGCAAUGCUACUGCCCGUACCCCAGACAAGCCAAUAGUCCGUGACCCAGCCGAGACCGAGUAUGCCUAUAUCAGCCAUGAGCGCAACUCUCUCCUAAAUGACGACCUAAACAAUCUCGACUUGACUAUCAAGAAAGAUACAACCUACGAUGUUGCCAUGGAGAAACCGUUGCCAUCAAACGGCAAGAGUCAGACGCUUCCAUUACUAACGGGAGACCUCACUUUAGAGGCUCUGAAUGCUCUUUACGCUAAACCUGAUAAGCGUUCUGAUGUGGUGUCUGUUCCUGCCGUGUCCCCUACGGUAAAGGAAGCCGGGACGGAUACACUGGAUGGAGAGCUCUAUGAAAACGUUAACCUUCCUGGAUGUAUCGCAGUGGCUAACCUUGUUGAACACGUUGAAAAGAAGAAAGAACAAGAAGAAGAUGGAUUCUCGCAUGAAUUUAGUUUAUUGUCAUCAGAUGAAGGCAUUCCUAGGAUCGUUGCUUUGAAACCAGAAAACAAAACCAAGAAUCGGUUCAAAAACAUUGUGGCAUUUGAUCAUUCUAGAGUUGUCCUGGAAAAGCUGAAAGAUGAUCCUCACUCAGAUUACUACAAUGCUAAUUUCAUCAAGGAUGAUAAGGGGAAGAAGGCAUUCAUUGCUUCUCAAGCCCCCAAUAUGGCAAGCAUCAAUGAUUUCUGGCGACUCAUUUGGCAGGAGAAUGUUUGUUCUGUUGUCAUGGUAACAAACACUAUAGAGGGAGGCAAGGAUCGGUGCACAGUAUACUGGCCGAAGGCUAUGGGAGACAGCAUGACGUUUGGUGACAUCGAGGUGAAAUUAAGAACAAUAGAAGAGUUCUCUGAUCACGUACACAGAGUCAUGGAUGUUAAACAGGUGAGUGGGGGUGAAACCCGAUCCGUCCAUCAGUUCCACUACCAGUCCUGGCCAGAUAUGGGUGUUCCACAGUAUCCUACCACACUCAUCAGUUUCACUCAAGCUGUCAAACACGUCCAUGAGAAGAUCACUGCCAACACCAAGGGAUCUACUCCAAUGCUUGUCCACUGCAGUGCUGGUGUCGGAAGGACAGGAACUUUCAUCUCACUCUACUGCAUGCUGGGAAAGAUCAAAGAAAAUAACCAUAUCAACAUCUUUGCUUUCAUUCAGAAUAUGAGAAAAGAUAGACCAUAUAUGGUUCAAACUGCUGACCAGUACAUUCUAAUCCAUACUGCCCUCGUUGAGGCCUACAUGAGUGGCAAUACAGAUAUCCCUGUGGCCCAUUUUGAAGCAAAGCUUUCCUCACUGAAGGAAAGGAAUCCAGUCACUCAGAAACUCAACAUUGAACAAGAAUUUGAGAUCUUGAACCAACUCACCCCUCCUGCCGGACCACAAGCCUUCAAAGCUGCUGCUCAACCUGCUAACAUCGACAAGAACCGCUUCCCAAACAUUCUUCCAAUGGAAAAGAACAGACCAUGUUUGGUGACAAAGGGGGAAGCAGGAAGCACAGAUUACAUCAAUGCUUCUUUCCUUAAUACAUUCAUGAAGAAGGAUGUGUUCAUAGCAACUCAGAUGCCUCUCCCUCAUACUACCGGUGAUAUGUGGAGAAUGGUCUAUGAUUGGAGAUGUCCUGCCAUCGUUAUGCUCAAUGAACUGGACCUCGAAGAUAAGUCAUGUGCUCAAUACUGGCCGAAUCAAGACUCGGUUGAAUUUGGUCCUCUCAAGGUCACCAUAGUAUCAGCUGAGACUAUCCGAAGUGAUUACGUCAUGAGAAAGUUUGAGAUCAAAGGACCACGGAAAGGGGUCCUUACGGUAAAGCAGUUUCAUUUGUUUGGUUGGGAUCAUAACCAAUCAAGACCGACAUCAUUAACACCUAUCCUUAAUCUGGUCGAUGCUGUAAGUGAGUGUGUUAGGACAUCACAGGCGUCCGGUCCUAUUGUCUUACACUGCAUCAAUGGUAUUGGUAGGAGUGGUGUGUUUGCUGCUAUUUAUUCAGCAGCUGAGAAGAUGAUAACAGAUAGCUCUGUUGAUAUCUUCCAAGCAGUCAAGAGAUUACGCGCAAAUCGACCAAGUAUGAUCGAAUCAGCGGAACAGUACAGGAUCUGUUAUGAUGGCAUCGCGGAGUAUAUGAAGAAGUUUGAUGAGUAUGCAAACCUGGAUAUGUGAAGAGACUCGUUUUCCUUGCAGUAGAUUGCUUCCAUGAUGCCAAAUCUCAACCAUUAAAAAUAUUAUUUACCAUAUGACUUUACUUCAAUAGUGAAAAGUGAAAAAAAUGCCUAAAAAUGCAACCAAUGGUGGUUUCAGGUUUUUUUGUUGGAGGGGGGGGGGGUGUGAAGAGGAAUGAAGACUGAAAGGUGAACUUUACCUUUAAUGUAAAAAAAGUAUUAUGGUAUUCUAUCGCCAUUGUUUUACCUAUAAGAGGAAAAAAUCAGUUUAAAAAGAGAGGAGGUUUGAACGUGGGAGUUAAAUUUCGGAAAUGUCACAUAAUUCUAUGAGUGGUUUGGGGCUCAUUUAAUUUCUAAAAUAUUGUGCAAUUAUUUUAUCCAAAAGAUGAAUGACCUUUAAAAAAGUUUUAUUAAAAACAUGGUUUUGUCAAUAAAAACUUUGGGCAGCUGAAAUCAUCUUGGGACAGUACCUGAACUACUGAUGAUAUACUUCAAGGACCAAUCCACUUCCUUAUUUCUUCAUCUCUCUGUUCUCUUUCUCUCUCCCUUGCUCUUUUCUCUCUCUCCUUUUAAAUGACUAUUUGUUUGUUUUUCUUCCUUUACCUCUUUUUUUCUCUUAACCCACAUUACUUGAAAACUUAGGGGAAGGAGGAAAGCCCCAAGUCCUGAGUUUCUGUAGCGCAUGUAACUUUUUUUUUCAGUGUAUACAAUCGCCCUUAUUCUGAAAUCAGAUUUAACUUAGACCAUGGUCUAACUCUGUGCUAAAAUUAUGGUUAGCCAAAAAUUCUGUUUAUAUUAUUUAUUUGUUGUGUUUACCAUUUUGUUUCCUUUUGAUUUUAUACUGAGGAUAAGUAUACAAAUCACUCUAUAACUGUGCCCCCAAAUACUUGUCUGAUUGUUUAGAAAUUUAUGUUCCAGGUAAAAGAACUCGAUUCUCUGAAGACCCACUUAAAUUAACAUAUCCAACUAAAAGAAAACAGACUGGAGACAGAACAUUCACCGUUGCACCCUCAGUGGAAUGGAACAACCUCCCUCUUGCAAUAAGACAAUCUCCAACAAUCAAGUCCCUUAAAACUCUCUUGUUCUAGGCAACUGCCUUCAUGUCAUUAUGAUUUUUGUUUGUAGAAAUAUGUUACUGAUAUUGUGAGUUCUUUGGGCCAUUUGGGAAAAGCGCGUUAUAAAUAUUGAGUAUUAUUAUUAUUACUUCUAAAUUCUUCGGUUAUCACUCCCAGACAAUUAUGAACAAGUUAGAUGUCAUAUGAAUCAAUAAAUUAGAUGUGUACUGUUAGGGAUUCGUGCCCAAUUGGCUCUCCAUAGUUUAACGAAAACUUUAAACCAGGGUAUAUCUAUAUGUACCAAUCUUUCUUUUACACAUUAAUAAAGAUGAGGAGUUAAUUUCCUUUUCAAAGUCAACUGUAAAUUGACACAAUAUUCUAUGCAAAAAAAUAAUGAUACAAAGAGAAAACGGGUAGAAAACUUUUAUAAUAUGCAAGUAUCACCAGUAAGCAUUCCAUUCCAAUGUCUACUCUCUACUUAAUCCAGAUAUCCUAGAAAAUUACAUUGGGGUUUCAUUUGGAUAUUUCAACCCCUCCCACAACUCAUUCCUUUUUUGUGGAGUUGAGCAUUCACUUUAUAUUUUGAGACUUUUGAAAGUAUCGUGUUUUGCACUAUUUUUGUUACUAGUUUUCAUUGGAUUACGUUUCCUUAAUCGCUCAGGUUUUCUUCAGAUGCUAUCUUUUAGGUUUCUGUGGAUAAUAUGAUUUAUAGCCAUUAUUUAAAAACUACUUAUUUGUCAUAUAUUGCAAGUUAAAGCAUAGUUACGUUUAUGUUAUGUUUAUUUAUUCAUUUCUUUAUUUAUCAUUAUGUUCUUUCUCAAAUAAUUACUAUUUAAUAUUAAGUAUAUUUCUACAGUAACUCAAAUGAUUUAUUUCUUAUUAGAGACAUAAAAGUUAUCCUUAAUCAUUUUGAUUUAUUUUAUUUGUGUUAUCAGUGUCUGCAUAUGUGAGAAUCAUAUAAGAUUAGAAAACAAAUAUAUUGAUGAGGAUAAAUAUUUAGGCAAAAAAUAAGAUUCCUUUCUUCAACUUAUCAACAUUUACCAUUAUUUUCGUCAACAGCCAUAAAUAGUGAUCAUGCACAUUAAGACAAUCUUUACUAUUCUACAGAUAUUUAAAGGGGAAUGAAACGUGGGGAACAAGUGUGCUCGUGUGGAAACAGAAAAAUCAAAGAAUAUGAUCAAAGACAGUUUGAGAAAAAUUGAACAAACAAU